UUUGAUCAGGAGGGGAAAGUCUUAGGCUGCAAUCACAGCCGGUCGUCCACCACAUUUGCCUACUUGGUGUGCAGCACUACAUACAUUGUGAAUCGGAGCAGUAUUUGAAUUGCUUUCCUUCCCACUUAUCGACGAAGAGCAGCUCAAAAUCACCACUGGGGGCUUCAUUGAUAUCGGUUUCCAUUCUUGAAUAGCAGCCAACCGUCGGCAUUCACCAAGCGUGAAAAAUGAACGAGCAUGGCGAACGGCAAAGUGUAUAUCUCAGUCGGCCGCUGGUCCACCAGCGAGAGACAAGGGUCCUCCACCUUGAACCUGCAGAGUGGCGAGACGAGAUCCGCUGCAAGCUCGAGGUCGUCGACCUGGAUUCAAAACCAGCCCCUGCUUAUGAAGCAAUCUCAUACGUCUGGGGUAGUCAAGAGGAAGCCGGCUUGAAGGCCAUCAGACUCGACGGUCAUGAGUUUCGUGUAGGAAUAAACCUUUACUCAGCUUUAAGACACCUCCGGAGUCAGAGGGUAGCUAGGGUAUUAUGGGCGGAUGCGAUAUGCAUUGAUCAGAGCGCUAUCUCAGAGCGCAAUAAGCAAGUGGGACUCAUGAGGGACAUAUAUGCUACUUGUCAAGGUGUGUUGAUUUGGCUUGGCGGCAUAAAUGGCGAAGAACCCACAGAGUCCGACGCCGUGGCCCCAUGCUUUUGGAACACAGACUUUACGGUCUUGCCUACAGCUUUCACCGUCGACAAAGAAGACACAGAGAGAAUCUCAGAUUCAAAUGGCCAAAUGAAACUAUAUUAUCGGCUUCCUUUCGCACUCCGGCACGGCAUCCAUAUCGACAGCACCCUGUGGGCAUAUUGUUUCAUGAGUCUGCUCGCCCAAAACAAACAUGUCAACAGCAGCGAGAUCACAAUCCUUUCGAAUGCUGAUGCUUUCCAGCGAGUUGCUGCGGCAAUAUCUGAGCUCAUGAAAAGACCGUGGUGGCAGCGCGAGUGGGUGAUUCAGGAGGUUGUGGUGCCGCCGCGGGCUACGGUUUACUACGGCCGCUUCGUAGCGCCAUGGGACAUGUUCGCUCACGCUGCGCGCAACUUCGAGGAACACCGUCGCGUUUGCUGUACCGAUCUGUAUACCGCACUCAACUACGAACACACAAAGGCCCUCGAGGCGUUCUCGCGUUCUGUCGUGGAACUGGAUGACCUACGGCUGCAAUGGCGAAGGUCAGUAGUGAGAGUUCGAGAGGCAGGCGACCAGCUCACGCCAAAAGACGCCAGUAUAUCAUUGCGGCAGCUCCUCUGGAGGUUUCGCUCGCGUGAUGUUACGGAUGCCAAGGACAAGAUCUUUGGUCUACUGACGCUGGUGAAUGACGGGCGGGGCACGGAAGCCAAAUUGUUGGACUACCGAUCCGAGACGCAAGAGCUUUACCGUGCCACGGUAGAACAGAUCUUUUCAGUCGACAAGUCGCUGCUCAUCCUUUCCGGCAGUGUGGAGAAGACGGCAGCGCACAUGGACCUUCCCACGUGGGUGCCUGACUGGUGCUUCAAGCCACUGUCGCCAUUCGAGGGUGAGCGGUUGGAGCGUAUGGAGUUGUAUAAUGCAUCUUCAGACAUCGGAGAGAGCUCGCAAUUUGUCGGGAACGGGUUUCUGGGACUAAAAGGUGGUUGCUUCGACAAAGUGGCGGAGGUAUCACCUUGUUGGGUGCGUGGAAACGGGGUGGGAAAAAUGCUGACCGUGUUGGCUGAAUGGCGGGCUUUCAUCACCUCGAAUGGAAGUAUUCCACUAACUACUCUCUAUCCGACUGGAGAGACCCGGAUGGCAGCAUACUGGCGCACCCUUUGCGUCGACACAGUCCGAGCGAUGCGCAGAGAGGAGACUAAGUCGUGGUCGUGGACUCAGCAUCAUCGUUAUACGCGCUGUCCACCAGACUACGUAGCUAAAUCCAUGCGACUGUGGAUGAAUGAAAACAUGAUCCCACACACAAACUGCCCUGAAAUGAUAGAGGAGCAGGACGCAAUGGCCUACGUCGCGGUCGAUUUCGCCAUUACAUCGGCAAUCAAGGGCCGUAGGCUCUUCACAACAGAGAAAGGUUACUUGGGUCUAGGACCUGCUGCAAUGGCUGAAGGAGACUUGGUGCAAAUCAUGGCUGGGGGGCACACACCCUUUGUUACCCGCAGAAUCGAUAAACAUAAAGCUAUUGACAUUCCAGGCGUCGGUAAGCAAGACUGCUUGAGCCUAAUUGGCGACUGUUAUGUCCAUGGUAUUAUGGACGGUGAGGCGUUGAAUGAUGGAGGCAUACGGUUCUUUCAGGAAACUAUCUGGUUAGCUUAG